UAUCCCCUUGAUUGCUUUCUGUUAUUCCCAAUCUCCUACCCGUACUCAUUACGGAGUACAAUUAGCUAGUUAGGAUGUUUUUACUGUAAUUUGCUGGUCUGGUCUGGUCUGGUCUGAUCUGGUCUGGUCUGGUCUGAACUGGUCUGGUCUGGUAAGGUCUGGUUUGUUUGUAUUUUUAUAACUAUCCAAGUCUGGUCUGGUCUGGUCUGAACUGGUCUGGUCUGGUCUGGACUGGUCUAGUCUGGUCUGGUCUGGUCUGGGACGAAUAAGUAAAAACAUCCUUAAUCACGACUUUUACUGCAAAUAUUCCCCGCCCUGUUCAUAUUAUCUUGCUUGAUUUGCGCAUUAAUAUCCGCCUUUGGAAAUUCGGUCCUUCAAUAAUCAAAACCCCGAUCACUCCGGCUGGAGCAAUCCUCUUGGUCCGUUGAAGAAGGCAUUCGUCUCCACUGUACCAGGUUCCGGCUGGCUUCACCAUUCCACAGUUGUCGUCUGACAUUUCCCGAGCAGGUUUUAUCCGUGAGUCCAUUUUCCUUUUGUGUUGAAUUGUUGAUGAUGUUCGAUGUGAUGAUGUUAUUAUGCUCGUUGUCCCUAAAAGUAGACAGGAAUCUGAACUGCAUGCCACUCAUCCAUUAGUAGUGGGGUGUACAUUUCACACUCAAUCGAAAUUGCAAUUGCACAAGCCAACUUGCCGAAUCCCGUAUGGCAGGCCUUACCAUCGUGUUUACCAUUCAUCCCACCUCAUUUUAGAGUUGAACAAAGUACACUUUGUCCAACAAAGAUCAGGCAUACCAUGAGACGGGCGUUAUGGGCUUCUUCAUAUUAUGUAAGGUUCUGUUUGGUAGGGGUUAUUUGGAUGAAACUGGUAAUUUUUCUCUAAGUCAUAGCUUUUGGUAACAUCCAUCUUAGCAGUAAAAACGCAAGUCAGAAGUUACUUAUUCUACUUAUUCUAAUGAGAAACUAAAGAAUAGGGAAAUUAUGUCUGCCCCUUUGAGCCUAAGAGAACAAAGACUUUAUCAUUGAUUAAACAUUCCCAAUUUAGGGCAUCUAGUCACUUUCUUGACACUCAUGGCUAGUUUCAAUUGCCAAAUACAAUUGUCAAAUGCUAUUUUGUAUAGGAAAACUUACUGUAGUUUUUUCUAGUUGGAUAUAAGUAUCAGAUUCCAAAACAUUGAAGAACUUGAUACUAGGAAUUUAGUUAAGAUUUUCAAACAGGCUUAUGGGUUUCCAAUUUAAGAAAAGACAUUCUGUUUGAGAUCAAAGAGAGAUGUUAUUGUUGUUUUCAAUGCUGUUACAGAGAAGGAAAUGAAAAUGUGCACAUGCACGCACUUCAGAAUUGCAUGGGAGAUGAUAACUCCAUUCCAUGUGCUAAUCUACUUAUCUUAUGACUAUUCAGCUUUUGAGUCUGGGGUCGACACCUUGAAUCUUCUAACUUCUAUCCUGUUUGCUGUCAAUUUCGACGCACAAUGAAGUCUGCCAUUUGUUCACUGAUACAAGAGAAACAUCUUUCUGUCCGGCUCCUCUUUUUUAUACUAUUUUAUUUGAUUAAAUCAUUUCCUCUAUAGAAGUCUACAUAAGGAGAUCAAUCUAUGAGCUGCUUUAGCUGUUUUAAGGGAGUUGAUUUCAAUCCGAUAUCUGAUGGAGGAGACCAGCAUCCAUUGAAAAGAUCAACACGUAAAGAUAGAACUUAUCACAACAAAGAGGCACCAGCUGGUCGUGUUGAAGCUGUGAAACCUAAGCUUAUUGCAGUCCCCGCAAUUCCCAUUGAUGAACUUAGGGAGAUCACAGAUAAUUUUGGGAAUGCGACUUUAAUAGGGGAAGGUUCAUACGGAAGAGUGUAUUACGGAGACCUCAAAACUGGGAGGGCUGCUGCAAUUAAAAAUUUGGAUUCAAGCAAACAACCUGAAGAUGAAUUUUUGGCGGAGGUUUCCUUGGUUUCAAGGUUAAAGCAUGAAAAUUUUGUCGAGUUACUGGGCUAUUGUAUUGAUGGGAAACAACGUGUUCUUGCCUAUGAAUUUGCAUCCAAUGGAUCACUUCAUGAUAUUCUUCAUGGGAGGAAGGGUGUAAAAGGAGCACAGCCUGGCCCUGUGCUUUCCUGGACACAGCGAGUUAAGAUUGCUGUAGGAGCAGCUAAAGGCCUUGAAUAUCUACAUGAAAAGGCUGAAGUUGAAUUUGUGCAUCGAGAUAUCAAAUCCAGCAAUGUACUAAUAUUUGAUGAUUAUGUAGCUAAAAUUGCUGAUUUUGAUCCAUCCAAUCAGUCUCCUGAAAUGGCGGCACGUCUUCACUCAACUCGUGUUCUUGGCACAUUUGGCUAUCAUGCUCCUGAAUAUGCAAUGACCGGGCAGCUAAAUGCAAAGUGUGAUGUGUAUAGUUUUGGUGUUGUACUCCUUGAGCUGCUCACAGGGCGUAAACCAGUUGAUCAGACCCAACCCCGAGGCCAACAAAGUCUUGUUACAUGGGCUACUCCAAAACUCAGCGAAGACAAGGUUCGACAAUGUGUGGAUGCAAGACUGGCAGGGGAGUAUCCCCCCAGGGCAAUUGGAAAAUUUGCAGCUGUUGCUUCAUUGUGUGUGCAAUAUGAACCAGAGUUUAGGCCAAACAUGGGCAUUGUGGUGAAGGCACUCCAGCCUCUUCUGAAUACGCGGCCUGGAAUUGGUGGUGAAGCCGGACACGCUUGGUGAUUGUGUCCUCUUAGCCAAAGGAAGCCCUCAUUUCGUACUUCCUGAAGAUUCUUUGUCUGGUCUUUCAAGUUUCUAGGCCCAUCAUUGACCAGAGAGGUCCAGAUGCAUUGCUCCAAUUUUGGGCACGUUUUAGCGUACAUGAUGCAGUUAGGACAUGACACUUUCCGGCCGUUAUACUUAUUACUGUUCCUUUUUAAAGUCAAAUGCUAACUAAUGUCCUCCUACCAAAAAAAAUGUCCUUACUCCUUGGGGUGUAAUUUAAGAUGAUUAAAGAGGAAGAUUUAUUAUUAAUAUGCAAAUUAAAUGCAGUGAAUAUAUACUAUUUCCGUCCCACUAACAUUGGG